UGCAAGUUGAAUGCGUUUCGGCCAGAUCUUCGGCUCAUAGACGUACGAGUGCAAGCUAUAACGAGUAGACAGACUAUCUACAGUCCAUUUGUCCAGAUCAAGGUCUUCAGCUUGAUAGAUACAAGCGUGUGAGUCCUAACUGUAGAGACGACGAUUUAGCAACGAGAUCGAACUGGUCUACCCGGAAACGGUAGAGUGACGCGUUCACGUUCUCUCUAACCGGAUGGAAGAUAGUGCAGAUCAAGAUCGAGCAGGGAGACGAGUGCAAAGCGAGAAAACCGAGAGUCGCAGAAUUAGGGCGGAAUAUUGGUCAGGAAGUAGAGCAGUAGGCGACAGAACUGACGGCAGUAAUAUUCAAGAUCGACAAGGGCACUCUACUAUUGAGGUUUCACGAGGCUCAUAUAGGGGUGACGGUUGCGCACGACCUCUGAGCUACAGUGAUCCAACCGUCAAAGCCGAGAGUCCAUCCCAGGUUACCCUUUCGAUGGCAAAGGUUGAAGAACAAGUGUCGACCAUGCAGGAAGUCCCCUUGAAGAUGGAACGGUUGUUAAAGAAGCUUGAUUACGAAGGAGCUAUACGUGAACGAGAAGUUUCAGACAUGGCAAGAGAAUUGUUAGAGGCAAAUGCUCAGUUGCAGCAAUGCAGGGCACAAUUGGAAGCCAGUCGUCUGCAAACCGAAUGCCUUGUGAUAACUAACCAAUAUUUGCAUUGCCAUAUCGACGAAUUAAGGAUGGACAAAAAGAAAUUAGAGGACAUCCUGACAGAGCAAGAAUCGGAAUUUUCAAGGUUACACAUAAGCCAAGCAACACUGGACAGUAGUGAUCAAGAAAUUCGAGAUCAACUAAGUGACAUGCAACAGCAGUUUACCCAAUUGGAAAUAAAAAUGGACAAGCGGCUAGACAGACAAGAUACAUCAUCACAUUACUCGUCAGUCCACUUGGUAUCCUCAUUGCAGGUAUCCGAUACGAGCCUGGAAGGAGAGAGACUAAUUGUAGGUGGCGACAAACAAUGGCUACUGUUUAUGGAAUCAUCUGAUGAGGAGACCAGUGAAUCUACAUCCAUCAUCAUUUGAUAGUAAACAAGGGCCAAUAAAGCCUUGUCUUCAUGGUUACGAAGGAAACUCACCGACCAGCGCUGUUUGAAAACGGAAUCAAUAGACUUACCUUGUCCACUAGAGUGGUGGCAACUUGUGCUGUUACAUGUUAGGCUUGUCGACAUUCUAACUGUCAAAACGUGAACACUGAAUGCAGUGCAGGCUGUUCAGAUCGUGGCUAUCUGGUAUGUGACAGUGACAUCAGAAAUCUGUCAACUGGCCCUACAGAAUGGUCAUAUAGUGACCAUUACACCAAGUACUGAAUACUCAAUUGGCUUGAGAUACAUGAAUGUAAUGGUCUGAACUGAACUGUUAUGUGAGCAUGCACACAUGAAUACACUAGUAUAGAGAAGUAGCUGUAGGAAAGUGUAGCAUCUUGUUAGAAACUUGAUAGUGUGUAAUAUAGGGAUGUAUUUCACUUGUGGUUAUUGUUCAGGAAAUAAUAAAGGUGUAGACAGCAGUUAGUAAUUAACACUUUUUA